AUAUUAUAGAUAAUGAAAUAAAAUGUUGUAAUGGUGAAACAAAUUUGCGUCCAUUGAAACAAAUGAUAGGAACGUGGGAAAUAGAUGCAAAUAUGGUCAAAGAUAUUAAGAAUAAUAAUUAUAGACUUGAAGUACCUUGCAUCGGUGUUCAUAAAUGUUCGGCAUUUAUUGAGGGACCUAUUGCACAUAAGUCAUCUUCCGGCUAUUGUGCACAAUAUAUUUGCUCCGAAUGUUUUGAACAACAUGGUGGUCAUUUGUACAAAAAACCAGGUAGAGGUAGAACAGUUUUAUUAUGUACUGAACAGGGAAAACAUGAUAAUGACACAAGCGACUCUCUAAAAUAUAUUGGAAAAUGGAUUAUGUCAAUUGCAGAGUCGAACAAUCAGGAAAAUGAAGAUGGAAAAAUUGCCAAGCAAAUUACUUGUUCUAACUGCAUUGAGGGUGGGAAAAAUAAUGGAUCCACUUUUCAACCGCUGUUCGGAGAAUCUUCAUUUACUAAUAAUCUUUUAAUGAUGUAUGAAAAUACCUUAAAUACAAUGUUAGAAAAUAAUGGAAAUGCGUUUGAUAUGGAGGAUGUACAUUCAAAAAUUACCGAACAAAUAUCUACAGAUGCUUUUAACUGUCCAGAUUCCAAUACACAUUCUUUAUUUAAAAGUGUGCCAGAACUUAAUGAAGAAGGUAUUUCAAAAAUUCUUUCUUUAUAUGAAAUUGGAAAAAUGCGCUUUCAACAAAUACUUGCUCAAGAUGUGUAUAAAACUGAGCCGCGAAUAACUUCGGGACGUCGUGCACGCAAUAUAAAUGCUUAUACCUAUGCACAACUUUUGGAAAGAGAGAAAAAAGCAAAUAAGCAAGUAGAUAACCCUACUCAAGUAUCUACUACUCAACAAAAUAUUUCAUCAGCAUCAUUACCUCUUGAAAUCGAACACCAAAAGAAAACACGCCGCACCAUUACGGAAGUAGAAAAGGCAAUACUUAAACAAUUAUUUGAAUUCGAGCAAUUGUCUGAAGACAUAGUUUCAAAA